AUGGGUUGCAGCAAUUCAAAGGAAGGGUCAGGUUCAUUCUCUGUAACCAAUAACAGUACAUCACAAGAAUCACACCCCGAAUAUGAUAUGUUAUUAAAGAUUUUGGUCAUUGGUGACUCUGGUGUUGGAAAAUCAUGUAUGUUGCUUAGAUUUGCAGACAAUAGAUUUACAGACAGUUAUAUAAGUACCAUUGGUGUUGAUUUUUGUAUUAGAACUAUAGAAUUGGAUGGAAAGAGAAUUAAAUUACAAAUUUGGGAUACUGCAGGUCAAGAAAGAUUCAAGACCAUUACAACCAGCUAUUAUAGAGGAGCUCAUGGUCUCAUUAUAGUGUACGAUAUUACAUCGAUGGACUCGUUUAAUAGUAUAAAGAGAUGGUUGAUCGACGUUGACAGAUUUGCAUCCCCAUCUGUCCUUAAACUUAUUGUUGGUAACAAGUGUGAUUUGAAUAAUAAGAGAGCCGUCGAUUUCAAAAUUGCAAAGAAAUUUUCUGAUGAAUUAAAUAUUCCAAUUUUAGAGACAAGCGCCAAAGAUUCAACAGGAAUUGAUGAAGCAUUUACAAAAUUGGCAGCAGAUAUCAAGAAGAGUGGAUCACUCAAAUAA